UCUGGGGCGCGUCAUUUUCCCCACCCCUAGGUCCCGACCCCGGCAGCUUCUCACACGCCCGCCACGCCAAGUCUCGGUCACCUGCUCCGGAGCCGGGUAGCCGGGGGCGCCGUCCACGCGCGCGUCGGUGCGUGUGCCCAGAGCCCCAUGGAGUCGCCCGCCAGCAAUGCCAGCUGCGAGAACGGUUCCCUGAUUACCCUAUACUGCUCCUCCCAACAAGUCCUGUGCCAGAUCGUCGGUGACCUCAGCUCCCAAGUGCCCAGCAAUGUCACCUCUAACGGCUGGCAGGGGAAGUUCAUGCAGAAGUACAGCUUCUACAUCGGCCUGGGUCUGGCCUUCCUUUCCAGCUUCCUCAUCGGCAGCAGCGUCAUCCUCAAGAAGAAAGGCCUCCUGCGACUGGUGGCCUCAGGGGCCACCCGGGCUGUGGACGGAGGCUAUGGCUACCUGAAAGAUACAAUGUGGUGGGCUGGCUUUCUCACCAUGGCUGCUGGAGAAAUUGCCAACUUUGGGGCCUACGCAUUUGCUCCUGCGACAGUCAUCACACCUCUGGGAGCUCUGAGUGUCCUCAUAAGCGCCAUCCUUUCCUCCUAUUUCCUGGGAGAGAGUCUGAACCUGCUGGGAAAGCUGGGCUGUGUCAUCUGUGUGACUGGCAGCACAGUGAUGGUGAUACACGCCCCCGAGGAAGAGAAGGUCACCACUGUCGUUGAGAUGGCUGCCAAGAUGAAAGACACAGGGUACAUCGUGUUUGCCGUGCUUCUGCUGGUGUUCUGCCUCAUCCUCAUCUUCGUCAUCGCCCCGCGUUACGGACAGAGGAAUAUCCUCGUCUACAUCGUCAUCUGCUCUGUGAUCGGCGCCUUCUCCGUGUCUGCUGUCAAGGGCCUGGGCAUCACCAUUAAGAACUUCUUCCAGGGGAUGCCGGUCGUGCGGCACCCCCUCCCCUACAUCCUGUCCCUCAUCCUGGCGCUUUCGCUCAGCACUCAGGUCAACUUCCUCAACAGGGCGCUGGACAUUUUCAAUACCUCCCUGGUGUUCCCCAUCUACUACGUGUUCUUCACCACGAUCGUGGUCACCUCCUCCAUCAUCCUCUUCAAGGAGUGGUACAGCAUGUCCACUGUGGAUGUUGUGGGCACCCUCUCUGGCUUCGUCACGAUCAUCCUGGGUGUGUUCAUGCUCCAUGCUUUCAAAGACCUGAACAUCAGCCAUACCAGUUUGCCCCACAUGCACAAAAACCCACCCCCCACCCCUGCCCCAGAGCCCACUGUCAUUAGACUAGAAGACAAGAAUGUCCUUGUGGACAAUAUAGAACUCUCCAGGACCCCAUCGCCAGAAGAAAAGCCCAAAGUAUUUAUAACCCAUUCAUAAAGCUUGGAAUAAGUGAGUUAGAGGAUGGGGCCUGGGGUACAGCCUGGCUUCUCGAUUUCAGAGUCCCCUGGUUAUUUGAGCACAACUGUUAUCAACAGGCUCUCUUUUCUGAGACAUUCAUUUAUACCUCAUUGCAGUUUCCAGGAGAAAAAUCCCUCCCUAGGGAGUGGUGGUGGCAGGACUUCCUGGAAACACAGCCUCGGUGACCAAAUACCCUACUCACACAGGUCCCCUGGACCUCCUUUCCCACUCGUUUCCUCGGUGCUGUCUCUGUGUUGUUGGGAAGAAGACAGAGUUUGACCGUUGAAUGUAGCACAGUCUCAGAACUUCCCUGGAUGUUAGUCGUCAGGAAAUUCUUAGCACUCGUUCCUUAGCCCAAGGAUGAAGCGAAGCUGGCUCCCUGAGGCCCGGAGAGCCGUUCGCCAUGCCUCGCCAUCCAGAGGCCACAGAGACGUGACUAGUGAAAAAACAUCUUGCUGGUUUUGCCACGAGCUCCUCGGAGACAGAAGCAGGACCUCAGCUGACCUUCUUACUGUGAAAGCCACCUGAUGUCUCAGGAAAACAUUUCGGCCAGCCCCUUUCCCCGAGCACCCCCGCCCAGAGGUCAGCAUCUGUUCCUGGUCACUCCAUGCCCACACCCGCCCCUGCCCUCUCUACAUACAUCCUAAGGAACCAGUCACUGAGACAUUCAGGCGAUUAUCUCAGAACUCAAAACAAGGUGACAACAACCACAACAGAAGAUGCUCUGCGGCUAAGCUCUGCCGGCUCAACGCAGUGUUUCAUUUUGCCUCAGGAUGGAAAGAGACUAGCAGUCGCACUGCUCUUAAAAGCUCCCUGUCAAGCUAGAACUUGGAAGAAUGGACUUUCCUUUCCUCAAGGAGUAAACCAAAGUAUGAUUCGGGGAGGUGGGGAGAGUUACAAGAAAAGUCAGAAUUUGGCAGGUAGCAGCCACACUCUCUCUGGAAACGGGCUAACUUUUGUGUUUACCCUGGUGCCUAACCAAGACCCCCGGUAGAGAGGGCUCUGGGUCAUUUCUGGGCUCCAGCCUCAGAGGUUUGGCCAGUGGGCCCAGUUUUGAACUUCAGUGACCAAGUGGGGUGUAGGCUUGGCAGGGGUGCAUUCUGUCUGUUGACCAGAUCGCCAUUUAGUCCCCAGCUCCACUGAUGCACUGCCCACCCUGGGAAGCAGCGUGUCAUCAUGCUUCCAACACCACCUGCUUUGGGGACUGCCUUUGGUCCCCUCACAUCUGGCCAGUGGUAUUCAAAAAGCAAGAGCAGCUGGAAAGAGAUAAAAUUGAAACCCUUCCCUCCCUGCCUUCUUUCUGGCUGACGGAGAGUGGGAGUUGGUAUAGGACCGAUGAAAGGGAAGUAGGGAGCCAGUGUCUCUGUAGAGAGACCUGAAACUCAGCCCCCAAGCUGGUGCAGUGCCUCGCAGUGUAACCCCAUACCUGCGCCCUGUGUUUACAUCCUAUGCCCUAAGCGCAGCCAAGCCCGGGCCAAACUCCUGCUGGCCUUGGAGUGCCAAAGGCUCAGCUGACCAACAGGCUGGUGUCCUGCAUCUCCAGCCUCAAAUCUUUAUUUUUUAAUGAAUGUGGAUCUGUCUGUAACUAAAAUCAAUGCAACAUGUUGGAUCUUGAGGAUGGCAGUGAUCUGCAGGGUGGAGAAUAAAGACCUUCAAGUGUGUUUACUUUA